GCUGUAAUAGUGGAAACUCUACAAGCCAUGAAUUAACUCAAAGAUGAGAAAUGGUUUAAAUAGAAGGAUUGUAGAUUCUGCUUUGGUUAUUAUGGAACACUUUUUAGAGUGUAGAACCUCUUUCUCUCUGAGUUGACACUUUAUUUCACAGUUACCCACCUGUAACUAAUACUUGGAACCUGAACACUUCAAACUCAGAAAUGAGUGUUCCAGUUUGGGCACUUUUUUCGGAAGCUGAACAUGCUCUCUUCUGAGUAUAACUUCCAUACUUCCGUUUUCCUUGUGAGGGAAGGCGGGCCGGGCAGCAAGCGAGCAGGUACCUGCUGGCCUCCAGCGAUAGGUUCCUCCGCCACAACAGCAACCACCCCCUCCUCCAGCUCUGGUGGCCCCAACUCAGAGUGAGGGAAGGCUGGGCCAGGCAGCAAGUAGGAGUGGGAUUGGCAAGUAGGAUUGGAAUCGGGCUGCUCCUCUAGGAAGCAUUGCCGCUAGCACGGGAACAGCAGCUGGAUCGGGGCUGCUCAGCUAGGGAGGUGCAGGCUCCCUUACACUAUCCAUUGAGGGGUUUGCGGCUGCAUCAGAUCCCCUGCAACCCCAUGAAGGCAGCCAGGCUGAAUAGUUGCUGGGGUUGGGGAAGGUGGAGGCUCCUCAUCCCCGCCCUGCUUCUGAACAAGGCUGCCUUCAGAGGUCUUCCAAAAGUUAUGUAAUUCUUUCUCUCUUUGACAUCUGCUAUUGAGAGGGGGUGUUCCACAGGGAGGGUGCCACUACUGAGAAGGCCCUAUCCCUGGUAACCAGUAAAUGUGAGGGAACUGCCAGAAGACCCUCGGAAGUGGACCUCAGUGAUGAUGGGAUAUUUUCUUUUCCUUGUGUUACAGAUGGAUGUUGAAACAAGGUGUGAUUGACAAGGCCAUGUCUGGAUCACAGAUUUCUGCCCAACACCACUCCUCUUCUGUAAUAUACCUGUGAUGUUUUGAUGACCCUGUGAGAAAUGUGUUGUGGGAAUUUUUAAAAACUCAUGUAAUCUUUGUUCUGGACAUUUUCUUUUUUUGCUCUCCUUAGAGAUUGAGACCUUUGUUGCAACAACUAAAUGAUCAUGCCUUCUGGCCACACAUUUGCUUCUUCAUUGCUUGGCUGCGGUCUUGCGUUUUAUGAUCAAACCAGCUCCUGUAGGGCUAGACUCCAGCGAAGUUGGAAAGCGCUUAAGAUAGCGUACCCCAAGAAUUGUUCUUUCCACCUGGAUGGAGUUGGGGAGCUGUCAAAACCAAACCCCAUUUUCUCCCCAUAACACAGAAGUCACAGAGUCCAGUCUGCUGCUGGAUGUUCCCUAAUCCAUAAAACAGUGUUGGGGAGGCUGCGUCUAAGACCACGCCUUUCUUUUUUGGUGGGGAGAAGAUAGUUGUCCCCAGGUGACUGCUCAGUGUCCCAGUGGAGUUGCUUUGGGGGAAGCACUCUUCUCUGGCUCCUCUCAGGCAGUAAAUGUAUUCAGCUGCCCCCUCCCUCAACGCUGGCUCCAUUUCUGCCCUUCAAAGAGGAUCUUGCAAUGCAAACAUUGGGAGAAGUCGUCCCCCCAUCAGCCCUUCUCCCGCUCUUCUGAUCCGAAGAAGAAGCAAGGGGGAGGGGAUCCCUUCUCUACCUUCCUCUCACUCCCCAACCCCCCUCCCACCUGCCCUGUCUGUAGAUGGGAGGGGAUGAGAAACACACACUUCUCUCCCUGCACAAACCUCCCAAUUAAGUGGCCCCUCUCCCUCCUCCUCUCUUCCGAAAAUGAGGAUGGAGAGCCUUCCCAACUAACCCUGCAUCUCCCUUAAUAAAAACCACAACUUAUUUCCUCUCUAGGAAGCAUUCCUCCUCCAACAAUCCCUCCUUUUCUCACCCGCUCACCCUCAGGCUGAGUGAGUGGCUGUUGAGAACAUGUGAAGAGUGUUAGAGGCCAGAAGAGGAGUUCAUCUCCGUGUGGACUGUGAUUUGCUGAAGCUGUCAAUCAAUUGAUGGACUAGUUGUCUAGGUGCAAGUUUCUUUAGUGUGGAGGUACAUGAAAGCUCCAGGAAGAGAACUACCAUGGCUUCUGAGAACCUCAGGAAGAGGCUUCACGAGGAAUUUGCCUCGACUUCUUCCCAAGCCUCCGCGGGAGGAGAGCGAUCCCCGCAGAGGCUUGGGAAAAGAAUACCAAUAGGAUUCUCUCUCCCCCACCCCCAUCGCAAAAGACAGUGGAGAAGGCAGUCAAAAUUCUGGUGGGCCAUGUCCAAUAGGAAUAACGAAGAAACCAUUUAAAUACACGGAGUCUGAAAAGAGAGAGGAUAAACAAUUUGAAAGCAUGGAGUGUGGAAAGAGCUUCAGUGACAGUGGAAAACUUAGAAUACAUCUAUGCAGAAACAUGGGGGAGAAACCAUUUAAAUGUAUGGAGUGUGGAAAGAGCUUCAGUGAGAGUGGAAAUCUUAGAAACCAUCAACGGACUCAUACUGGGGAUAAACCAUUUAAAUGUAUGGAGUGUGGAAACAGCUUCAGUCAGAGUGGAAGCCUUAGAGUACAUCAACGGACUCACACGGGGGAGAAACCAUUUAAAUGUAUGGAGUGUGGAAACAGCUUCAGUCAGAGUGGAAGCCUUAGAGUACAUCAGCGGACUCACACGGGGGAGAAACCAUUUAAAUGCAUGGAGUGUGGAAAUAGCUUCACUGACAUUGGAAAACUAAGAAUUCAUCAACGGACUCACACGGGGGAGAAACCAUUUCGAUGCAUGGAGUGUGGAAAGAGCUUCACUGACAGUGGAACACUUAGAAAACAUCAACGGACUCACACGGGGGAGAAACCAUUUCAAUGCAUGGAGUGUGGAAAGAGCUUCAGUCACAGUGGAAACCUUAGAAUCCAUCAACGGAGUCACACAGGGGAGAAACCAUUUAAAUGCAUGGAGUGUGGAAAGAGCUUCACUGGCAGUGGAAAUCUUAGAAAACAUCAACGGAGUCACACGGGGGAGAAACCCUUUCAAUGUAUGGAGUGUGGAAAGAGCUUCAGGCACAGUGGACACCUUAGAAUCCAUCAACGGAGUCACACAGGGGAGAAACCAUUUAAAUGCAUGGAGUGUGGAAAGAGCUUCAGUCACAGUGGACACCUUAGAAUUCAUCAACGGAGUCACACAGGGGAGAAACCAUUUAAAUGCAUGGAGUGUGGAAAGAACUUCACUGACAGUGGAAAACUUAGAAUUCAUCAACGGACUCACACGGGGGAGAAACCAUUUAAAUGCAUGGAGUGUGGAAAGAGCUUCAGUCAGAGUGGAACACUUAGAAUUCAUCAACGGAGUCACACAGGGGAGAAACCAUUUAAAUGCAUGGAGUGUGGAAAGAGCUUCACUGACAGUGGAACACUUAGAAUUCAUCAACGGAGUCACACAGGGGAGAAACCAUUUAAAUGUAUGGAGUGUGGAAAGAGCUUCACUCACAGUGGAGACCUUAGAAACCAUCAACGGACUCACACAGGAGAGAGACCAUUUAAAUGCGUGGAGUGUGGAAAGAGCUUCAGUCAGAGUGGAGACCUUGGAAAACAUCAACGAAUUCACACAGGAGAGAAACCAUUUAAAUGUGUGGAGUGUGGAAAGAGCUUCAGUCAGAGUGGACACCUUAGAAUACAUCAACGGACUCACACGGGGGAGAAACCAUUUAAAUGCAUGGCGUGUGGAAAGAGCUUCACUGACAGUGGAAAUCUUAGAAAACAUCAACAGACUCACACGGGGGAGAAACCGUAUAAGUGCCAGGGAAGUGGACAGAGGUUCAGUUGAAGUUGAUGUCGAAGUCUUACAAACCAUCAAAAGACUCUGAGGGGUAAGAGCUGUAAGAGUGGAAACUCUACAAGCCAUUAAUUAACUAAAAAAUGAGAAAUGGUUUAAAUAGAAGGAGUGUUGAUUCUGCUUUGGUUAUUAUGGAAUGCUUUUUAAAGUGUAGAACCUCUUUCUCUCCGAGUUGACACUUUAUUUCACUUCAAUAACAGGAAGUCAGUCUUCAAUACAUGCAGCGUAUUUGAGCUUCUGUUGUUUGAAUGUAACGUUGUCUAGACAUGUUUUUAAAGUAAUGACGGUAACAUUUCACAAUAGUAAGCAUAAUAUAAUAUUUAAUGUACUGUUAGAUAGGGAGGGGAGUGUGUGAGUCUGGAGUGUUGCUUCUGAAAUGUUUGUAUCUGGGAAUGGAGAGUUGCACAAAGUGGAGCUGAGAUUGGUGGUGUUGAGUUAGAUUAAUAUUAUAGGAACAGCAACAUAACUCCCACUGUUAUAUUUGCAAUAAUGGAACCAUGAAGACACAGAAAGACGGUAAGCACAUUCUUACCGGUAUAUGCCCAAGUUAAUCUUGAAACCCUCAUCUAUUCUUUUGAUUUAUAGAUAUAUUGUAGUCGUGUCCGACUCUUCGUGACCCCAUGGACCAUAGCACGCCAGGCACUCCUGUGUUCCACUGCCUCCCACAGUUUGGUCAAACUCAUGUUCGUAGCUUCGAGAACACUGUCCAACCAUCUCAUCCUCUGUCGUCCCCUUCUCCUUGUGCCCUCAAUCUUUUGCAGGGAGUCUUCUCUUCUCAUGAGGUGGCCAAAGUAUUGGAGCCUCAGCUUCACGAUCUGUCCUUCCAGUGAGCACUCAGGGCUGAUUUCCUUCAGAAUGGAUAGGUUUGAUCUUCUUGCAGUCCAUGCACAGCGACACAAGUGUGUGUAGAAUGCUAUCCCCAAAAUGACACAGGGGAGAAACAAAAUAGAUGAGAAUAAUGUGGAAGGAGGUUCAGGCAGGUCCCAAACCGAGAAUGCUAAGGGUCAAUUUCCUCCAUAUCCACCAGCUGCCCCAAGGCAGGAGCCACCUCUGGGCACUUAGGGUGGGAAGCCUCCCUCCACGUUUGAAACUGGACAUGCUCCUAGGGCAGUGGUGGGAAACCUUUUAGAGACUGAGUACCCAAACUGCAACGCAAAACCCACUUGUUUAUCACAAAGUGCCAGCACGACAAUUCUACCUGUAUAUCUAUUUCCCCCCUGUUUGUUUCACAUUUCUUCUUUAUGUACUGUUGUAAUAAAAAAUCUAUAUACCAGUAAAUGUAAAAUGUCAAUGUUUGCGUGCAUCCACUUUUCUCUGAAACCGCUUGACCGACUGCGUUGAAAUUUGGAGACAACGUUCCAUACCAAUAAGCGAGUGUUUGCAUAAACUGAGAUUAUAUAGAUCUCACACCUGUCACAGGUAAAAACAUGAUUUUUUGUAAAAAAAAAAAAAGCAC